CCGAGACCAUUUACAUUAUUGUGAUCUUUCACUCUAGUCAAUCAGCCGCCACUCGUGACCACAAUGCUCGCUCAAGCAGUGGGUAGGCUUGGCCUUGGGUUAGGUGCACAUUCGCUCCCAGCAGUGGGCAACUCGCUACGUCGAUUCUGUACUGAUGGCGUUGACGACCUCAAGAAAACGCUAUCGGAGCUGAUCCCCGAGCAGCAGGAGAGAUUGAAGGCGCUGAAGAAGAGCCAUGGCAGCAAAUCACUUGGGGAGGUUACGGUGGACAUGGCCAUCGGUGGUAUGCGGGGAAUUCCGGGAAUGCUCUGGGAAACGUCGUUGCUAGACCCCGAGGAGGGCAUCCGCUUCCGUGGCCUCAGCAUCCCGGAGCUACAGGCUCAGCUCCCCGCGGCGAUUCCUGGAGGCCAGCCUAUUCCUGAGGGCUUGCUCUGGCUGCUGCUCACCGGAAAGGUGCCCACCAAGGAGCAGGCGGCCUCCGUGACUGAGGAACUGCGCGAGCGCUCGCACCUGGGCCCGCAUGUGCUCAAGGUGCUCAACGCGCUGCCGGAUGACGCGCACCCCAUGACGCAGCUGUCGGUGGGCGUCAUGGCCUUGCAGUCCGGCAGCCACUUCGCUGCCGCCUACACUCGCGGCACUCACAAGAGCAAGUACUGGGAGACUGUGUACGAGGACAGCAUGGACCUUAUCGCCAAACUGCCCCAGCUGGCGGCCAUCAUCUACCGCCGAACUUACAAGGACGGGUCGCAGAUCCAACCCCACCACACGCUGGACUGGGCCGCUAACCUUGCUUACAUGAUGGGCUACGAGGACGUGGGCUGCCACGAGAUGAUGCGCAUGUACCAGACCAUACAUAGCGACCACGAGGGCGGUAACGUGUCCGCCCACACCACCCACCUGGUGGGCAGCGCGCUGUCUGAUCCGUACCUGUCGUUCGCCGCCGGCAUGAACGGCCUGGCGGGGCCGCUGCAUGGCCUGGCCAACCAGGAGGUGCUCCGCUGGCUCAAGAACCUCACGGCCAAGCUGGGUCCGCACCCGGAGAAGGAGGCGGUCCGCAAGUACGUCGAGGAAACAUUGGCAUCCGGCAAGGUCGUACCAGGGUACGGCCAUGCCGUACUGAGGAAGACGGACCCGCGGUACACAUGCCAGCGUGAGUUUGCUCAGCGCUACAUGCCCGAGUACCCGAUGUUCAAGUUGGUGUCGGACUUGUACGAGGUGGUGCCUGAGGUGCUGGGCAAGACGGGGAAGAUCAAGAACCCCUGGCCGAACGUGGACGCCCACAGCGGCGUACUGCUGCAGUACUACGGCAUUACGGAGGAGAACUUCUACACGGUGCUGUUCGGAGUGUCGCGCGCGCUGGGGGUGCUGGCGCAGGGUAUCUGGUCCCGAGCUCUGGGUCUCCCCAUCGAGCGGCCAAAGUCGAUGACCAUGGGCGUUCUAGAGAAGCGGUUCUCAGCCGCGCCAAGCUCCCAGUAAAGACUGUCUCAACUCGAAUACCUGUAACUUGUGUCUCGAAG